AUGAUGAUUCGAUUGACGCAUCUCGCCACAAUAAGUUUGUGCUCGUUCAGUGCAUUCACCGUUGAAAGUUUUCAUGUCGGAAGCACCUUCCGUUUGUCGAAAGGCGCUUCCCUUUAUGCCAAAUCUCCUUUGCCAGAUGCAGCUAGUAAAGAAGAAACUGCGGUCGUGGAACCAAAACUGGAUGUCACCCCAGCAGCGGAAGCAGUGUCCACAAUAGCUGAGGCUAUUGAAGCUAUUCCAGAGACCAUGGAUGAGGGUGUCUUCAAGUUCAACAAGCAUUUGAUUGAUACAGUCUACGAUGUCAUUUGCUUCUUGUAUCCGGUCAAAGGCAACGAGCGUGACUUUGCUCGCUUCUUUGUGCUUGAGACUGUGGCCAGAGUUCCUUACUUUGCGUAUCUGAGUUGUUUGCAUCUACAAGAAACCUUUGGGGUACGGUAUCCUAACAUGUCGGAUCGGAUGAGAACACAUUACGCUGAAGCCGAUAAUGAACUGCAUCAUCUCCUCAUCCAAGAAAGCUUGGGCGGGAACUCCAACCCAGUCGAUCGCGUUUUGGCACAAACCAUGGCCUUUUUCUAUUAUUGGUAUGUGAUUGCAAUCUAUACCUGGAACGAAGCUGCAGCCUACCAUUUGUCCGAAUUGAUCGAAGAUCAUGCCUUUGACACCUAUUCCAAUUUUCUGAAAAACCAUGAGGAUUUCCUCAAGUCCAAGCCGGUCCCUGACAUUGCUCGAAAAUACUACGAAGAGGAGAACCCAUUUCUCUUUGAUCUGUACUGUACAGUGAAGGAUGAUCCAGAAUGUCCACUCGACGAGCAAUCGUCCGUCUGCUCCUCUCGACGCCCAAACUUGGAGACUCUGUACGAUGUCUUUGUUUGCAUUCGAGAUGAUGAAAAAGAACAUUGGAAGACACUCUGUAAUUUGGUGCAGUUCAACGAAAUGAAUGCAGUGUCUGCGAAGGACGUGAAGAGUACCGUGCCAGCUCCAUCAGAGAGUGCAUAA